AUGUCCAUUGCGUAUGUCAAGCAAGCCAAGCCAAAAGAAAUCGAUCCAACCAGAGCCGGACAUCACAUACCACUGCAUCAAGUUUAUGUUGGUGUUGCAGCCACUGCUACUAUGCAUGAGAUAAAAGCAGGUGCAAAACAGGAGGACGUACAGAAAUUUCGAAGCGACUGCAAGAAUUUUCUUAUCGAAAGCAUCCUCCAAAUCAAGCAAAAAUUUGAUUUAGAAGUAGAAAUACAUGACAUUGUUUCAUGUAUUGCACCAGGGAAUGCGGCUGCUCGUGUCCCACCGUCUUUGGUUCAAAUCAUCCAGAAGUUACCUUAUCUAAAUGAGAUCCUGGAUACUGCGAAACUUGAUCUGGAAUGGAGAACAUGUUUUUGA